CAGAUUGUCGUCUACAGCAGCAACAUGGUUUCCAGUCAGUAACCAUAACCAAACUCCCUUUACUAUGUGAUCUUGAAACGAACAGUCAGUAAAUACAUCAAAUAAAAUGACUGUGGAUGUAGCCAAGGGUUUUUCUUUGCCAUCAGGGCCAUCCUCUCUUUGUUUUGACAAAGAGGAAUUUAUGAAGAAGGAUUUUGAUGUCGACAAGUUUGUUAUUGACUGCCGAAAGAAAGUGCCAUUGGAAACUCUCCGGGAUGACCUCGGCAUCUAUCUCAAGAUUCUUAAAAGUGCAAUGAUAGAACUCAUCAACAAAGACUAUGCAGACUUUGUCAACCUCUCCACUAACUUGGUUGGAAUGGACAAGGCAAUCAGUAAUUUGACAGUUCCUUUAGGUCAAUUGAGAGAAGAAGUGCUGAGUGUGCGUACUGCAAUGCAUGGAGCCAUGGUGGCAGUUGAAGAGAAGAUGAAGCAGAAGAAAGAAAUUCAACAAAAAAAGGCAUGCUUACAACGGCUGAUCAACAUCACACACUCUGUAGAGAAAAUUGAACAAUUGGUUGGUAUACACAGCACUGGCAGUGGAAGCCCUUCCUGCUCUCCAACAAAGAGAACACUUUUAGCAGGGCAGCUGAGUGGACAGUUGAUUGAGCGUGUGGCCACAGAAUUUAACAAGUUGCAGUUUUAUGUCCAAAAGCAAGGACUGCCGCUUGUGGAGAAGAUAAAGCCGCGCAUUGCCAACAUCACGACAACUUUACAGUACAGUCUAGAAGGUUCCUUCUUAGAGGGCUUGGAGCAAGAAGAUGUUGCCAUGCUGAGGCAGUGCCUUCGCACGUAUGCUCUUAUUGAUAAGAUACACGAUGCAGAGAAUCUCUUCCGGCAGCACAUUGUUAAACCCUACAUGGAAGAGGUGAUCUCAGAGUCAUUUCUGCGGUCCUGCAAUCAAGGUCUGGAGGGAAUGUUUGCUAAAGUGCUUGAGUUUGUGCCUACACACUGCUCUACUUUGAGGAAGAUAACAUGCCCUAGCUCAGGAUCAGGGGAGGUCAUCAGGGGUUAUGAUUUUCUGGUGAAUGCAGUGUGGCCUGAAAUUGUCAGCAACCUGGAGGCACGCACUCCAUCUAUAUUUGCACCUGGUAAUCCUGAAGUAUUCCACAAGAAAUACUUGAUAAGCCUCCAGUUUCUGAACAGCAUAGAGUCUUUGUGUGGAACUCAAGCCAGCGUACAGCGCCUACGAACUCAUCCAAGUUACCAUAGCUUUUGUACAAAGUGGAGCCUGCCAGUCUAUUUCCAGAUCAGAUUCCAAGAAAUUGCAGGUGCGCUGGAAACAGCAUUGGUCACUGGCUUGAAUACUACCACAAAUGAUGGACUAUGGAAGCUUCAAGCUUUCAGUACUCUGUGGUCAGGACUGGAGCGAUGUUGGCAUGAUGAUGUGUAUGUACCAGCUUUGGUACAUCGUUUCUGGAAACUGACCUUGCAGCAGCUGUCACGACACACAUUAUGGCUUGAUCAGCUUUAUGAGGAGGAGAUGGAACACAGGAGCCAGAUUCUAGCUAGCAAACCUUCCAGGAACACACUUACAUCCUCCUACAGCACUAGUCAGCUUAGCAGUCUAGGAGCUGGUGACAGUGGAAGUUCACAGUCACCAGUUCCACGCUCUAGCUCACCACAACCACAGCAUCACCAGGAGGCAGUUACUACCAAACAGCCAAUCACCAUUGGUCAGAUUGUGUUCCUGCUCUGCGAUUCCUGCUCACUGCAAGCAAAGCUUUCAGUAAUGUAUGAGCAGACUGUCCAUCCAAAGAUACUUGCUGCUGGACUUCAGAAUGAUGCUGUGCUAAAAGAGUGUUUACAAGAGAGCAUGCUGUCACUAGAAGAGCAUUUGCCAAAGUUUUGUGCUAUCAUCACAGAUGAAAUUCAGAUGCAGUGCUCUGCUUUUAUUCGUCAAGUCAGCGAUAUUCCUCGCUUGUAUCGACGAACUAAUCGUGAGGCUCCAAGUAAGCCAUCAGGCUAUUUAAGUGGAAUGCUACGACCACUUCAGUCCUUUUGUGAGGAGUAUUCGAAAACCCUUGAACCAAAGCAUCAUUCACAUAUUCUUAAUGUUAUCUUCUCAUCCCUCAUUGACCAAUUUUCUGAAGUUACCAGCGAGGUGCUUACAUCAGUAAAAAGAAUGGAAGAGAGUUUGAAGCGUUUGAAAAAGGUUCGAGGGUCAGAGAGAAGCAGUUCCAACCAGGGGCUUAGUGAUGAUGACAAAAUUCGCCAGCAGAUUAUACUAGACAUUGAGGAACUUGGUAAAAAGGUUGAGCAUUUGGUGUUGAUACCAGCUCCAUUUCAGGCUUCACCAAACUUCAGAGUCUGGCUGAAGAGGCUAAAGCAGAAAUGACCACUACAUGAACUGUGUUAUAGGAUUCUUUUGUCAAUCUAUAGAAUCUUGUUACGCGUGUACAAAGUGGGGAAAAUUAUAUUGAUUUGUCAUGGAAAUGAUUUUUGGGGGACAGAUUUAUCAUUUAGUAUGAUGUCUAAAGUUUGUUUUCAAGUAUUUUUUCAAGAAUGGUUUUAAACAAGGAUGGUAGGAACAGAAUGCUAUACAUAAAGGAUUAGCUUUACCUCAUUUUCAGCCUCAUGACCAUCAGGCUUAUGAACAAAAUAAUACAUUUAUGCUAUAUCUUUCACAUAAAGUUUAUGAUUAUUUAAAAAGUAACUGUAUAUAGUUUCAUUUUGCCCUGAUCCCUCGUUAGGCAAAUGAAGAAAGUUGUUACCCCUUCAAGAGUACAGUAUUUCAUAUUUUGGGAGUGUUAUUAAAAUUAUAAUGUUUAAUGUUAAAUUGCAGUCUUUCUUCUUUAAUUCAGUUGUAUUUGAACACUUCUACAAUCAAAUACUAAUUUGGUUGUUGUUCGGACCAAAUUUGUUAUUCUCAUUUACUGUUGCAGAGCAUUUAAUGUUCUGUCAUGUUUUUUACAUAGAUUCUAUCAUCUUUCUACAUAAAUAAGUAAUAAAAAGAUGGGCAACAUACAAUAGGUGGUUUAAUGACAACUGUUUGCAUUGUCCUUCUCUAGACAUUUUUAGGAUAAAAUAUUUGACAGGUAAAUCUUGUUAAAAUAUUUGUUAGCUGAUGAUCAUGAAGAAUGUGCCUAUCAAGGAUGCUUGCUGAGGUUUUAUGUAGUGAGUGUAGUCUACAGGGCAUUGCUAGCAUAUCUUAAAUAUCACCCACUCACCACAUUUAAAAUCCUACUGGUUUAAUUCUGGCAGGAUUAUUUCUAUCACAGAAUUGUCACAUGAGUGCAAGAAUGCUACAGACUACUUUUUUAAGUGUUAAAAAGAUAGGUUGUACACAGAUUAUUUGACCACCUUGGUGUUCAAAAGGGAAACCUAGUUUCUGUUCAUGUUUAAUAAAAUUAGUUUCUUUUUAAUGGUAUAAAGGACUUUGCAAUCAAUUAUUGUGACUGGAUUAAACUUUUAAUGAAAUAUCUGCUUCCAACUUAAAGAAUCAUUCUGAUGACAUUAUUAUACUGAAACUGAUUUAGUAGCCUUGGUACAGACUUUGUACUAUGAUAAAAUGGCAGAAUCUUGUUAAGAAUAUCUUACUCAUGAAUAUGUAUUACCAGUAGAAUGACUAUAUUACACAUCUCAUCGUUGGUGGGUCCACAUAAAGAAUUAUAUCAUCAAUGCCUGUACAAGAGGGAUAAUGCAGAUAAUAAUAAAAAAAGAAAGAAAUGA